GGAGCAGGAGGCGGCUGUGCAGGACGGCUGUUCUCAGUGAAGGACCUUGCACUCGCUACUGAGUAGCGACCAUGGGCCUGCUCGCCUACCUGAAGACGCAGUUCAUCGUGCACCUCCUCAUCGGGUUCGUCUUCGUGGUGAGCGGGCUGGUCAUCAACUCCGUCCAGCUAUGCACACUAGUCCUCUGGCCCCUGAACAAGCAGCUGUACCGCCGGCUCAACUGUCGCCUCGCCUACUCGCUCUGGAGCCAGCUCGUCAUGCUCCUGGAGUGGUGGUCCUGUACAGAGUGCACUCUGUUCACCGACCAGGCCACGGUGGACCGCUUCGGGAAGGAGCACGUGGUCAUCAUCCUCAAUCACAACUUCGAGAUCGACUUCCUCUGUGGGUGGACCAUGUGUGAGCGGUUUGGCGUGCUGGGGAGUUCCAAAGUCCUUGCUAAGAGGGAGCUGCUGUACGUGCCCCUCAUCGGCUGGACGUGGUACUUCCUGGAGAUCGUGUUCUGCAAACGGAAAUGGGAAGAGGACCGGGACACAGUCAUCGAGGGGCUGAAGCGCCUGUCUGACUACCCUGAGUCCAUGUGGUUUCUCCUGUACUGCGAGGGCACGCGCUUCACGGAGAAGAAGCACCGCGUCAGCAUGGAGGUGGCCGCCUCCAAGGGCCUGCCCGCCCUCAAGUACCACCUGCUGCCCCGGACCAAGGGCUUCACCACCGCGGUCAAGUGCCUCCGCGGGACAGUCGCCGCUGUCUACGAUGUGACGCUGAACUUCCGAGGGAACAAGAACCCGUCUUUGCUGGGCAUCCUCUACGGGAAGAAGUACGAGGCGGACAUGUGUGUGAGGAGAUUUCCUCUGGAAGAGAUCCCGCUGGAUGAAAAGGAAGCGGCCCAGUGGCUUCAUAAACUCUACCAGGAGAAGGAUGCGUUGCAGGAGAUGUACAACCAGAAGGGGGUGUUUCCAGGGGAGCAGUUCAAACCCGCCCGAAGGCCCUGGACGCUCCUCAACUUCCUCGCCUGGGCCACGAUUCUCCUGUCGCCUCUCUUCAGUUUUGUCCUGGGCGUCUUCGCAAGCGGAUCUCCCCUCCUGAUCCUGAUGUUCCUGGGGUUUGUGGGGGCAGCUUCCUUUGGAGUGCGACGACUAAUAGGAGUAACUGAAAUAGAAAAAGGCUCCAGCUACGGAAACCAAGAAUUUAAGAAAAAGGAAUAAUUAAUGGCCCUGAUUGAACACACAUGAUCGGACGGUGGUAUCCAGUUAACUCAAUUAAAAACAGAACAACACACAGAGCGGAAAAAAAGACACUUAGAAACUAUUUUUCUUAUUAACUGGUGACUAAUAUUAACAAUAAAACUUGAGCCAAGGGUAGAGGAGUGGGAAGGCCGGCAGACGGAGCCGUCAGCACGCUGCGCGGGCCGCGGGGCCCCCUCGGGGAGCAGCGCUCACAGGCGUCUGCUCCGGGGACACCGGGCCGUACCCCAUGUCAGCUCUCAAGAACUCUGCCUGCCGGAGGGAGCCUUUCGACGCUUCCUCUUCUUAAACUUA